AGAGAGCGGUAAUAGUGACAUGAACCACUUCUGACACCAAUAGUUGAGAAACAAAAUUUGAGGCUGAGAGGCAUUCGCUUAUACCGUUUCACCACAUUGACUUCGAACUUUGCUUGUAAGAGUUGACGACCAAGGCAAAUAUGUUCAUGUCUUUUCAGAGAUAAACUAAUGAGGGUUGUCACUUACCAACUUCUUGCACUAUUACUUCAAGUACAGAUAUCCUAUGAGGGCAGCACUACAUGUGGUCAGCGAUUUCUGAUUCAGAUUCCAACCGUGAGAUUCCCAUCCUACGACUCCUAUAACCCUAGAGUUACCUUUCUUAUGGUAACAGACUCUUCUGCAGCUGAGGUCAGUUUGCUGUAUCACAGGACAGAGCAAAAACGUGGCCCGGAUCGUUUCAUUUUAAAACAUUUAGUGUCACAGAGUACAGCGCCUCUGCCAGCAGAACUAUUACCAAAGGAGUACAAAGGUCCCGUGUGGACGUUUGAGUUUGUGUCGAAUAAGACAGACUUCUGUCUGUGUGUUCAUAUUGUAAUAACGUCCGAGUCGACCCUGAGGUGGAUGGUACUCCCUGUGGCUGGGUGGGGCCAGAAAUAUUACGUCGUCACGUUCCACUACGCCCCUUCCGUAACAGUGAUAGCCGCCGAGGAAUGUACUGUGAACAUAAAAAUCAGGCAUACUAACUCGGCGAAAACAGUGACCAAGUUUGGGAAAACUGUGCUGGAUAGUGCUGAGAUGCUGACUAUAUUACUCAAAAGGAAUGAGGCGUAUAACUUAGGAAUGUGUGAGAAUGUCAUUCAUGCCGUUGGUACUUUAACAGGGACAUAUAUAUUGAGUACCCAACCUAUUGGUGUCGCACAUGGAAGUUGCUAUCAACACUAUACCGUCGUAGAAGAUUGCAGGACUCCUGAUGAAAGUCAACUAGCUUUUGGCCGCAAAGAAAUGGUCUCAGACAUGGCACCUCCAGUGGAGAGCUACGGCCUAGAGUUUAUCACCCUCCCAAAGAACAUGAGCAAGCUGGCCCGCUACAUGGUCCUGGCCUCGGAGGCCAGCACCGAAGUCGAUGUUUCUUCAAUGAAAACGACAACUGUAUUGAAAAACCCUGGAGAUUUUCAAUACAUAGUAGUGAGUUUCAUGCCCACCAAGAUCUCUAGCUCAAAGGCAAUUCUCCUAGUCCUUGUAGCCUCGUCUCUGUGCAACAAAAUUUACCUUAGCGAUGUCUCUCCAGCUCUGGUCUACAUCAUGCCCGUCAAUUUAUACUAUUUCGAUUACAUUUUAUGCAUUCAUUCAGUUGAUUACCUGCAACAUGAGGUGAUAUUUAUAGCGUCCCGCUCUGUCAAAGAGUUUAUCUUGUUGGACGACCAAACGUUAACCAAUGCUUCAUGGCUUCCUGAAGAGGGCGAUUCUGAUUGGUACUUCACGACUAUUCCCUUGACUGCCACCCCAACUUGCCACCAAGCUGUCAUGAAUGUCAACAACGACGCUCGCUUCGGUUGCUACAUGUUCGGUUACAACAAAAAGGAGCGUCAAACGGGCUACCUGCUACCAGUGAGCUACAUCUCAUCUCCAAUCAACGCUCUCUGCCAAAUGUCUAGUCCGACGAUUGGCGACCUGGUGGACAAUGACUGCGAUAUGAUGAUAGAUGAAGAAUGGCUGGACGGCUUAGAUCAUGGUUACUGGAGCGAGUGGACGAGCUGGACCUGCUCCAAGAACUGUUCUGACGCUAACAUUUAUAGGGCCUGUGAUAACCCUGCACCGUCAAGUAGGGGAAAAAACUGCACCGGGACGAAAUUGGACAAACUUCCGGAAAUUUGUCAUCUGAACAUGUCAUGCCCUGGUCUAUGUCCGGACUAUAAAUGGGGCGAGCACUGUGCGGGAGAUUGCCCCAAAUGCAUAGACGUUUGCGACAAGUACAGCGGUGAAUGCAGUAAAUGUCAAUCAGGCUACAAGGAUCCCAUAAAUUCUUGCAAAUUGAAGUGUUUCAAAAGUGAAUUUGGAAUUAACUGUACCGGAAGUUGUGAAGAAAAAUGUGGCAGUGAUUGUUUGGAGUCUGUGGAAGGAACAUGUCCAGAAAACAUAACAGACUUAUACAUCUACCUCAUGAUGAUGCCUCUGAUACCCAUAAUGUCAUAUUUAAUAUUUAGGAGAAAAUCGAGCGAAAUUGUAACCAAAAUGGAGUCAGAAGCUGAUUUUAUUGAUCUGUCGUCUUCCAAAGAAAUUCCUACAAACUCAACAAGCUUAUAGAUUCGCAGUUUUAAUAGAAAGAAACAUUUUAAAUAGUCUCUUAGCGUGUUCCAACCAAUCGGCUUUAUGUUUGCUGCAGCAGGAUUAUAAGAUAAUAUCUGGCCGUUUGCGUUGAUAUGUCAUUCCUAUUUUCACAAUUUUUUUUUUGAUGAUGGAAAGGGACAGUAACUCUUUCAAACUAUUAAGUAGGACGCCCAUUAUCUGGAUGAAUUGGGAACAGGGAUCUGUCCGGAAAAUCAAUCAUCCGGAUAACUGAAUGCGGAAUAUUAUAAAUAUUGUUACUGUGUUUGUUAUUCAAAGAAUGAUUACUGUAAAACUAAAACGAUUUUCUUGUAUAAAAUGCUUUCAUCGACAUUGUCUAUUUGUGCAGUGAAUUGUAAUUGAAAGUUUCGAUAUUUUUUUUUCUACAUUAAA